UCAUAUUAUCAUGGAAUCAGAGCGGCUGUACAGGAUUAUCUCUGUCAAUGGCACUAACAAGCGUCAAUGUAUGUCUUGUGAAAGGCUGUUUAACUACAAACAAGACCUCGUGAAACAUGCUGCAAAUGUUCACAAUCACGUACUCGCAAAUGAAGACAGAACCCAAAAUUACAAGGAAGUGAUAAUUGCUGGAAAGAAGAAAUAUGAAUGUAAAGUUUGCUGUCGCCACUUUGCUGCAAAACAGACCAUUGCACGCCACAUUAACAAUGUGCAUGGAACAGGAGUAACAGAUAAUGAAACUUCAGUUAUCAAGACAAAACAGCAUACUCUUAUGGUCUAG